ACUUCCCCCCUUUUGUUAAUUAAAACUAAGAAGUCAAAAUGGGAACGAGGUGCCCGGCUCCCAUGGAGAAAGCUUAAGGACACCGCGCCAGUUCUCUGCUGCCUUUCUUCCGAGAUGGAAAGAGGAGCUCCUAGCUCACUUAAGCCGGGGUAGGGCUGGUUCUCCUUUCCGAGCCAAAAUCCCAGGCGAUGGUGAAUUAUGAACGUGCCACACCAUGAAGCUCUUGUGGCAGGUAACUGUGCACCACACCUGGAAUGCCGUCCUGCUCCCCGUCGUCUACCUCACCGCGCAAGUGUGCAUUCUCUGUGCAGCCAUCGCUGCUGCCGCCUCCGCCGGGCCCCAGAACUGCCCCUCCGUCUGCUUCUGCAGUAACCAGUUCAGCAAGGUGGUGUGCACCCGCCGGGGCCUCUCUGAGGUCCCGCAGGGCAUUCCCUCCAACACCCGGUACCUCAAUCUCAUGGAAAACAACAUCCAGAUGAUCCAGGCUGACACCUUCCGACACCUGCACCACCUGGAGGUCCUGCAGCUGGGCAGGAACUCCAUCAGGCAGAUAGAGGUGGGAGCCUUCAACGGCCUGGCCAGCCUCAACACCCUGGAGCUGUUUGACAACUGGCUGACAGUCAUCCCCAGUGGGGCCUUUGAGUACCUGUCCAAGCUGCGGGAGCUCUGGCUUCGCAACAACCCCAUAGAGAGCAUCCCUUCUUACGCCUUCAACCGAGUGCCCUCCCUCAUGCGCCUGGACUUGGGGGAGCUCAAGAAGCUGGAGUAUAUCUCAGAGGGGGCUUUUGAGGGGCUGUUCAACCUCAAGUACCUGAACUUGGGUAUGUGCAACAUUAAAGAUAUGCCCAAUCUCACCCCCCUGGUGGGGCUGGAGGAGCUGGAGAUGUCAGGGAACCAUUUCCCUGAGAUCAGGCCUGGCUCCUUCCAUGGCCUAAGCUCCCUCAAGAAGCUGUGGGUCAUGAACUCACAGGUCAGCUUGAUUGAGCGGAAUGCCUUUGAUGGGCUGGCCUCGCUCGUGGAACUCAACCUGGCCCACAAUAACCUCUCUUCUUUGCCCCAUGACCUCUUCACUCCGCUGAGGUACCUGGUGGAGUUGCACCUCCACCACAAUCCUUGGAACUGUGAUUGUGACAUUCUGUGGCUUGCCUGGUGGCUUCGGGAAUAUAUACCUACCAAUUCCACCUGCUGUGGUCGCUGCCACGCUCCCAUGCACAUGCGAGGCCGCUACCUGGUGGAGGUGGACCAGGCCUCCUUCCAGUGCUCUGCUCCUUUUAUCAUGGAUGCGCCUCGUGAUCUCAAUAUCUCUGAGGAUCGGAUGGCGGAACUUAAGUGUCGGACUCCCCCCAUGUCCUCUGUGAAGUGGUUGCUGCCCAAUGGGACAGUGCUCAGCCACGCCUCCCGCCACCCACGGAUCUCUGUCCUCAAUGAUGGCACCUUGAACUUUUCCCGUGUGCUGCUCUCAGACACUGGAGUAUACACAUGUAUGGUGACCAAUGUGGCAGGCAACUCCAAUGCUUCGGCCUACCUCAAUGUGAGCACGGCCGAGCUCAACACCUCCAACUACAGCUUCUUUACUACGGUCACAGUGGAGACCACGGAGAUCUCACCUGAGGACACGACGCGAAAGUACAAGCCAGUUCCUACCACAUCCACUGGUUACCAGCCGGCAUAUACCACCUCUACCACGGUGCUCAUUCAGACCACCCGUGUGCCCAAGCAGGUGGCAGUACCCGCGACAGACACCACCGACAAGAUGCAAACCAGUCUGGAUGAAGUCAUGAAGACCACCAAGAUCAUCAUUGGCUGCUUUGUGGCAGUGACUCUGUUAGCUGCCGCCAUGUUGAUUGUGUUCUAUAAACUUCGCAAGCGGCACCAGCAGCGGAGCACAGUCGCAGCCGCGCGGACAGUUGAGAUUAUCCAGGUGGAUGAAGACAUCCCAGCAGCAGCAUCUACAGCAGCAACAGCAGCUCCAUCCGGUGUAUCAGGUGAGGGGGCGGUAGUGCUGCCCACAAUACAUGACCACAUUAACUACAACACCUACAAACCAGCACACGGGGCCCACUGGACAGAAAACAGCCUGGGGAACUCUCUACACCCCACAGUCACCACUAUCUCUGAACCUUAUAUAAUUCAGACCCAUACCAAGGACAAGGUACAGGAAACUCAAAUAUGACUCCCCCUCCCCCCAAAACUUAUAAAUGCAAUAGAAUGCACAAAAAAAGAGACAGCAACUUUUUGUACAGAGUGGGGAGAGACUUUUUCUUGUAUAUGCUUAUAUAUUAAAUCUAUGGGCUGGUUAAAAAAAGAUUAUAUUAAAAUUUAAAAAGAAAAAAAUCAAAACAAAACUAUUUUCUAACUUGUAAGUUCUAUUUAAAUGGGGAGGGUGGGGAAUCUUGGGAAUGUUGUGGGUACAAGCUACAAGUCAACUUGCUGUGCUGCCAGAAGAGUUUUCUGGUUUAUGGUGGAUAGUGCUAAGAUAAAAACAAACUCAAACAAUAGCAAACACCCCUACGAAGGAGCAGAGUGCAGGCCACUAAGGGGUAGGAAGGAUAGGCCGCAUUAUCUUUUUUUAAGAAGAUAACUUCAUAGGAUACAGGAAUACCCAUUUCUACAGACGUCUUUCUUAAGUCAGGAGCUGUCUUUGCAGAUUUAUCUUACUAAAAAAAAUACAAAAGAAAAAAAAGCACCAUGAAUUUGUACUGUGCCAAAAUUUUGAGAGGCAAUAACUAUUUUCUCCUUCAGAGGCCAAAGGGAAGAUAAAUCUGUAAACAUAUUUAAGCAGGAAAAACCACCAAAAAAAAAAUCAAAUGAAUACUUAAAGGGGCUGAAUCUUUGUCCAUGUGCACAAAUCCCUAGGUUUGUGCACUGCACUGGGACAUGCAUAUGCCUCAUCCCUGCCUGACAGUGCUUCAGGACAGAGCUAAGAAGGAAGGGAGACUGGUGUGGCUUUCAGUCAAAUGCUUUCACACUGCACCAGAUUUCUGCAAUUGGGCUUAACCCACUCUGCAAGGCAUGUGUCUAUUCAGGGUUUCCCAGGAGAAGGCGGCAGCCCGAAGGGGGUGCGGCACCAAGGAGUGGGGAAGGAGAGCAGAAGCAGAGAAUGAUUCACUGGAGGCCAUAAAUUAGUGUUGUGCCAUGUCCACCUGUUGUUCCAGGUAUCUGACAAAUGAUUGUAGACAAUGAUGGCAUUUUAUAAUUCCUCAAAAAGGUCUUGUUUGUUUUAAAGGUGGAGAGGGAGGAAAGGCUGGGAGCGUGGAGCUUGGGGGAGUAGAAGCUUUUCUCAUGCUUAGAAUUUGGUGACUAUUCUAAAUGCUGAUUCAUUAGGGAUUAUUACAGCUGAUGCAAACUGGUUGUGAUGAUGGAGUGGGGGCAGAACAUGAGUAGAGAAGAAAAAAGGAGAGGCAAAAAGGGCAUGGCUCAAGUAAAGUACGGAAGCCUUUGCCUGCCAGGAUGCUUCACAAAAACUGUGAAAUUCAUAGUUAAAAUAAAAGUGACACACAUGCAUACAUGAGUGAGUUCUGCAUGUGGUCCUGUUGAAUGGGCACCACUGGGGAAGCUUCUCCCCCCCAGGCCUACCUCCAGAGGUGGUGUAAGGAAAGGGGGAAGGGGAAGGCCAAGAUCUGUUAUUCUGGUCCAUUUAAUAUGUAACUUCUUUCAGUUAUUUUAGCUUUAAGAGGAAAUAUAGGGUUCAGAUGUGAAAGGGGGUGGUAUGGGUGGGGAGAAUACCAACAACAACAACAAAACCACUGAUUGUAAUGUGAGAAAAGUGUAUUUUUGUAUUUUAAUAAAUAUUGUUCAAUUUUUAAUUCA